AUGGCUGCCAAACUUUGCCCUAUUAUACCAAUUUUAGUACUUCUGGUCACGCCUGGGUUCUGACUGGCUGGGAAUUUAGGGGCGGCAAGAACCCUGGCUGUCUCUACGAGUCAGGAUGAGUGAAAGACUUGAAUUGCAACCAGUGGGCAGAGGUGGUGUGCACAGACUGGGAGUACUCAGGAUGAUGGACAGUGAUGUAGUGAGGCGGAUACUUUAGGGUAUUGAGACGGUAGUGGUAGCUAUGUGUGCUCUAAUAGUAUUGAAAAUAUUGGAGGGCUCAUACUUUGUCCUGAAGUAAAUUCUCAAUGCGGAGACACUGAGCAUCUUUAUGAUAAAAAUAAUGUUGGGUAUACAUUUUCUUAUGGGAAUAUUCCAACAACAGCACUUUGAACAGAGAGGUUGUAUACAAGCAAUUUUGAUGUAGAGAAGGCUAGUUUUAUUUUCAAUAACUUAACUGGCCUCAGAGUUAUAUUAUUCACUGCCCCAAGAGGCUCUAACUCCUAUGAUUACAGAGGCACUGGAGUUAUUGGGAAUGAGAUUUCAGUCCCAUUUAGUACCAAUACUGAUGUCUUCAUGAUCACUGAGCCCUUGAGUGCAGAUAAUAGCUAUUCUAUAUAAGCCUGAUAAUCUCCAGUUGGGACACCUCCCUAGACAUCACUGCGAAUCCAGUCGGAAAUAACACCAUAAUUCCCCCAAAAGAAGACACUAACAAACCCUCUCCCUUACCAUGGCUAAUCCUAGCAGCCCUUGGACUCCUAGUAAUCACAGCAGUGGCCGUAGUGACUGUCAUUUGUUUACUAAGAAGAGCCAAAAGAGCAAGAAUAAAAGCCAUUCAGACGGAAAGAGACCCAAGAAAUCCAGAAUCUGCUUUCCAGAAUAUUUACUUUUCUCCGCUUUCACAAAUACCAAACCAGCAAAUCAACAUUAAUAACUCCAACGCCCAGAUUAAUCCGGCUCCAAGUAUCAUAAAUGUUGGUGCUCCAUCUCCUCAAAUAGCUUUAUCUGAAUUGGGACAUCUACAACAGAGACUUCCGCCUAUCAGAGAUACAAGCAAGAUAGAGAGAAGUGGGAUUGAGAAUAAUUAAGAAAGUUUAAAAUGAGAGUCUGAACAUUUUGUGUAAUAAUACCUGGAGAUCAAGUUGAGACUCUUACCAAUCAACCUAAUAACAACAGCAAACAUAUC